UCCAUUAUCAUUGUCUUUUGUACCGCAGAAACUAGUAGGUCAGCCUCUCAUCCAGAGCCAGCAGGAACGUUGCCAUUGCGCGAAUAACGUGCGUAGCCUUUAACAACGGGCGUGGCUUCCUGAUGGCGCAGUUGAAUGCGGAAGUCGAACACGGUCGGAGCUAAGUCCGAAUUCGGGACAAACUCACCCAGACCCGAGGCAAGUUUCUCAGGUUUCCCCCUGUAGUGUUUGACCCGUCAGGUCAAAAAACAUAACCAUGUGGCCAAAUCAAGGACCUCCCGUUCCAGUGGGCCCACCAAAUCCUGCCUACCCUCCUGGCUACAACCCUGCAUAUCCUUCUGCACCUCCUCCAGGAGUCUUCCCCCAGCCUCCAAAUCCAGCGUACCCACCUGGCCAAUACCCAGCUGGUAUGAACCCGGCUAUGGUACCAAAUGCACAUCCAGGGCCAAUGCCUUAUGGACCUCCAGGACCUCAUCCUAAUCCCCUAGCUCCAGGUGGAUAUCCAUUGGUCCCUCCUGCAGGUGUUCACCCAGGUCCAUACCCACAUUCUCCAAAAGGAGGUCACCAUAAAGGUCAUCAUCAUGGAGGGAUUAAUCCCAUGACUGGAGCGUUAGCUGGAGGAUUGGCAGGAAUGGGGGUGGGGAUGGUUGGACACAAAGCCCACAAAAAGAUGAAGAAGAAGAUGAAGAAAGCAAAAAAGGGGCACAAGCAUGGGCACUACAAACAUGGCAAGUCCUCCAGCAGCAGCAGUAGCAGCAGCAGUAGCAGUGACUCAGACUGAGGCCACCGGUUCAAGACAAAGCUUGCAAAGAAAUGCUGCUUUAGAAAAAGGGCAACCUUACUAUUAAUCAUGAACACACAAGAGUCAUUCUAAUCCCUGAAUGCCAUUCUAAUCCCUGAAUGAAACAGGAUUUCUGGAAAAAUGCAGUAUUUUAUCAUAUCUACUAUGGGCUGUUUAUAACACUAGAAGUGUAUGCAUAGGAUGUGGGCAUCUACACAGCAUUAGUCUCUAUUGGCAUUCCAAGUUUUUUUUUGUUUUUUGUGGUGUUUAUGUCAGAUUUUCUGUAGUCAUGAUUUCUGUCCAACAGUAAAAAUAUAUACACUAGUAUGCAAACAUAUUGAAAUAUUUUGAAGAGGGACUUCCGCAAUGUGCAGACAACUUUCUUAUGGACAGCUUAAUCUUUAGAUUUUUGAGAAAAUCUAGCUUUGUGAUUCAGUACAAAAAAAAAAAGAAAAUUUAAUAAUUUUUUUAUAUUCUCAGAAGGAUUAACCUAGAGGGGGAGAUGUGGUAUUGAGUGUCUUCAUUGAGACUUUUUUUUCUCCUAAGUUUUUUAUCAUUAUUGUACAUGUCUGCUGAACACCGUUAUUUUUCAUUUCUUUGUAUCUGCACUAAUUGUAGUUAUAUAUAAAGGACCUUCAAUUAAUUCUGCUUAAUAAAUAAAUGUAAAUAAGCAGUCUCAGAUGCCUGUCAUAAACAGUUGCAAUACACUUUACGCCCACCAGUGGCCCUAUUAU